CUGGUCCCACUUAUCUGCCGCUGAGCCUGACAGUGAUUCGGCGGAUAUGCCUGAGGAGGUUGCGGCUGACCCCGAUGAGGCGCGGCGCCUCUGCACCUACCGGCCGCCAGCACCUCCUGACCCGGUGGCCGGUGGGCGGUCGGGGCUGGAAGCGCUGCAGCUGGCAUUCGAGCAGCACAAACAGCAAAGUCAAGGGGUACGAGAUCCAGCUGACGGAUGAGCACAUGGACUCAAUUUGACGCAUUCUCUUUGUAUGUUCAGGAGGUGCGCAGCAUGAAGGAGCGCUACGACAAGAUGGCGGUUACCUAUUGCAAGGAGAUGAAUAGCAUGAGGGCGCUGCUCGAGCAGCAACAGGAGGUGCGCAGAUCAGACACCACAACAACAAUCUGGGCGCCGUGUCUGAUCUCUGUGCGGCCACGCAGGAGAUGCGUAGCAUGAGGGAGCGCCACGACAAGAUGGCGCAGGAGUUUGCAGAGAGAGAGGCUCGCCUCCGUUCUCGGCUGGAGCGUGAGGUCGCUGCCCGCCAGGCACUCGCACAACAAGUGGAGGUGAGAAAGGGGCCAGCCGAUUGAAGGCCAAAAGGUGUAUGCGUGUGGUUGCGUUGUGUGUCAGGAGCAGCGCGAGUUUUUGGUUGAGGAGGUGUCAAUUGACGUGCGCACAGAGUUCAGCGACGAGAUCAAGGACAUGAAUUAG